AUGGCCACAGAUGGGCCGGGGCAGUCCCGGCUUGAAGCCGGCUGCCCUCUGUUCCUGCUGACCCUCCUGGUCUUGAGUUUUUCCUGUGAAGCCUGCAAAAGAGUGACACUUAAUGUUCCUUCUACACUAGAGGCUGAGACUUUUGUUGGUAGAGUUAAUCUAGAUGAGUGUCUUCCAUCUGCAAACAAAAUCCAUUCAAGUGAUCCUCACUUCAGAAUUCUUGAAGAUGGCUCAGUGUACACAACCAGUACAGUUGUAUUGUCUUCUGAAAAGAAAAUUUUUACCAUUCUACUUUUCAACACAGAGAAAAAAGAACAGAAGCAUAUAGUGGUCCUGCUAGAACAUCCAAAGAAGGUACUGAAGAAAAGACAUUUGAGUGAAGCAAUCCUUAGGCGUGCCAAGAGAAGAUGGGCUCCUAUCCCUUGUUCUUUGAUGGAGAACUCUUUGGGUCCUUUCCCCAUGUUUCUUCAACAGGUUCAGUCUGACUCAGCACAGAAUUACACAGUCUAUUAUUCAAUAAGAGGACCUGGAGUUGAUCAAGACCCUAUAAAUUUGUUUUACAUAGAGAGAGAUAAUGGGAAACUCUAUGUUACUCGCUCUGUAGAUCGUGAGCAAUGUGACUCUUAUGGGUUAGUUGCUUAUGCAUCAACUCCAGAUGGUUAUUCUGUAGACCUUCCACUUCCCCUUGAAAUCAAAAUUGAGGAUGAAAAUGACAAUGCCCCAGUUUUCACUGAAGACCCUUGUGAAUUUGAAAUUGAUGAAAAUUGUGAAGUUGGUACAACAGUGGGUCAAGUCUGUGCCACAGAUGCGGAUGAACCUGACACAAUACAUACUCGUCUGAGGUUUAUGAUUACAGAGCAGCAGCCAAAAGCACCUUCAUUAUUUUCUAUAAACCCCACCACAGGGGUGAUCACCACCACAUCUUCUCGGUGUGACAGAGAGGUCAUGGACAAAUACUGUUUGACAGUAAAAGUACAAGACAUGGAUGGUCAGCCUUUUGGUCUGUGGACUAAGUCAACUUGCACAAUUACACUUCGAGACGUGAAUGACCACCUGCCAGUUUUUCACAGAACCUCUUAUAUCACAGAAGUAGAGGAAAAUAAAAGCAAUGUGGAAAUACUUCGACUAGGUGUAGAAGAUAAAGAUUUGAUUAACACUCCCAAUUGGAGAGCUAAUUACACCAUUUUAAAGGGUAAUGAAAAUGGAAAUUUCCGCAUUGAGACAGACCCCAAAAGCAAUCAAGGAAUUCUCUUUGUUUCCAAGGGACUGAAUUAUGAAGAAGCCCGCCAGGUGGUCUUGCAAAUUGGUGUAACUAAUCAGGUUCCAUUUUGUGGACCUGCUGGUUCAAGGACUCCAAGCAUAAGCACAACUACAGUUACUGUUAAUGUUAUAGACCAAGAUGAAGGGCCUGAAUGCAGCCCUCGAAUGCAAGUUAUUCAUGUGAAAGAAAACACAAGACUGGAGACACAGAUCAAUGGUUACAAAGCCUUUGACCCAAAAACUAAAAACAAUAAUAGAAUGAGAUAUCAAGCAUUAAAUGAUCUGCAAGGAUUAUUCACAAUUGAUGAAGCAUCCGGUGCGAUCAAAAUCCUCAGAAGUUUAGAUAGAGAGUCAAUUACCUUCAAAAACAGAAUGCACAAUAUUACAGUACGGGUAUCAGAUAGAGAUGGUAGAUCAUGUACUGGUACCCUGGGAAUUGUCGUUGAUGAUGUGAAUGAUAACGGUCCGUCCAUACCACAAAAUUCAGUGAUAAUCUGCAAAACUCGAAUGGGCUCAGCAGAGGUCAUUGCUGUGGAUCCUGAUGAACCGAUCAAUGGUCCACCUUUUGAAUUCUCCCUGGAAGAUUCUAUUGGACGGGAUGAUACAACGUGGAGACUUAGCAAAAUUAAUGAUACUGCUGCACGUUUGUCCUUCCGUAAUGAUCCUGCAUUUGGGACUUAUGAAGUACCUAUCAUAGUUAAAGACAGAUUUGGCAUGUCUAAAUCCAAUUUAUUAAAUGUUAAUUUAUGUGACUGUAUUACUCCAAGUGAAUGUAGAAGUUAUACAGGUAGAGUGCGUGGUGCCAAAGAUGUAAGCCUUGGAAAGUGGGCCAUCCUUGCCAUGAUCCUGGGUGCAGCAUUACUGUCUUGUAUCCUAUUUACAUUAGUUUGUGGAGGUGCUGGUUCCUCCCCUGAAAAAAAACCUUUCCCUGAUGAUUUGGCUCAGCAGAACCUUAUUGUAUCAAACACUGAAGCCCCUGGAGAUGACAGAGUGUAUUGCACAAAUGGAUUGACUACACAGAAUAUGAACACAGGUUGCCUACUGGCACCAGGUGCAAAAAAUGGGCAAGAAUGCUUUGAAAUGAUUAAGGGAGGACAUCAGACUUUGGAAUCCUGUCGGGGAGGAGGACAUCAUACUCUGGAUUCAUGCAGGGGAGGACACCACACCAUGGAUUCUUGUAGGGGAGGACAAGUUGAGAUGGAGAACUGUAGAUAUUCUGAAUGGCAAAAUUUUACUCAAACCCAUCUUGGUGAAAAGGUGCAGCUGUGCAAUCAGAAUGAAGAUAAGACCCAUGCUCAAGACUACGUCCUUACAUAUAACUAUGAAGGAAGAGGCUCCACACCUGGUUCUGUAGGAUGUUGCAGUGAACACCAUGAAGAAGAAAGGCUUGAAUUUUUAGAUCAGCUGGAACCCAAAUUUAGGACUCUAGCAGAAGUAUGCAUGAAGACAUAA